CAAUGAGCGCCGGCGUUACUGGGGCGCGAUGCGCGCGGCCGUGUGGAACGCGCGGGCAGCGCUGCUGUACUCGCUGGGCGGAUGGACGGCGCUGGGCGGGAUGAUGUACUACAGCCGCUACGGCAGCGGCGGCGGCCCCGAGAGCGGCGGCGGCCCCGAGAAUGAAAAUGAUCCUCAGACGAACCAAGGGCCCAAUAAGGAAGUAUACACUACGGAAACACCUUUCGGAUUCCAAGUGAAAACAGAAGUAACAUACAGAGAUGUUCAGCCUCCUCUUACUCGGCUGCUCAGGCGUGUGGUAUCAUUCUUUUAUUCUAGUGGCAGCCCGCCUUCUGAAAAGUGAGCUGCCUGAAAGCUCAGAACGUUGUGCUGGGGCUCUGAGAGUGUCAUCCCCGUGCCUAAUGUCAGACCACCACUGGAAAAUUGUCCCUUGCAUUUCUGAAGCAACAGCUCCAUCUUGGACACCACUCUGCUGGACUUGCCAACCUUCUUGUCUGCUUGGAUCGCUGCUGUUCUUUGUGUAUAUUGGAAUUGCUGAACAUGAACUGGGUUCAUCCAGGUGUCCUGUGAGGUGUUGAUGAACCUCUGUGCUGCCUGGUGUCCUGCGACCAAUGCUCUGACCAGGUAUGAAGUUGAUUUCCCAGCUGGUGUGCAGGAUGAUCCAGAAUGUACCUGGGAUGGCUUCUCAACUGAGCAGCUCUGAAAUGGAUACUUGAAGAACAAUUAGUAAAUGGGAAGGAGUGUAGUUUAAUGUUUCAGGUACAAGAGUUCUUGCUCAUCCUUCAAAUAAAAGCUUAUGAGGGAUGAAUUACAACUACUGCGAGUUAAAAAGUUA